CCUCCCGUUGACAUUUCACGCUGUUACUCUUAUUCAAUAACACUUGUUGGUGCAACACGAUGAAGUUCACGAGCGGAGUUUGAACGAAAAGCUUCGUGUUUUGGACUGAAAGGUUGGGCCCGCGGCACAGGGAGGAUGUCUCAGUUGCUGAGGCUUCUCUCGGCGGCCGCCCUGCCUCUCUGCCGGGCUGGAGGAGCCCGGGCGCGGCUCUCAGCGGUGACGGCAGGACGGCUCCUCACAGCCGGAUUCCGAAGCUCCGCUGCCUCGAGCUAUUGUCGGACUCCAACAAACUUCCUGUCCUGUCGCAGAUUCCAGUCGGUUCAGCGACGACUGUACUCCACUGAACCCAAAGAUGGAAAGGGUGGAGCAGGAGGAGGAGGAAGAUCAUCAGGUGGAGGGAAGAGAGGAGGAAAAGACUGGUGGAGCCGAAUGCAAAAGGGUGACUUCCCCUGGGACGAGAAGGACUUCAGGUACUUGGCGGUCACUGUGGCUGGAGUCAGUUCAGUUCUGCUGUAUUUAUACUUCAGAGACAACGGCAGAGAGAUCAGCUGGAAGGACUUCAUCCACCGCUACGUGGCCAGGGGAAUGGUGGAGCGCUUAGAGGUCGUCAACAAACAGUAUGUCAGAGUCAUCCUGGUGCCGGGAGCCGACCCUGAUGCGAGCUAUGUCUGGUUCAACAUCGGCAGCGUCGACACGUUUGAGAGGAAUCUGGAGGCGGCGCACACGGAGCUCGGCCUGGAGCCGUCACACAGACUUGCUGUCAUCUACAGCACAGAGAGUGACGGCUCCUUCCUGAUGAGCAUGAUACCCACCCUGCUGCUGAUUGGCUUCCUGCUCUUCACCCUGCGGCGAGGACCAAUGGGAGGAGGCCCCGGCGGUGGGAGGGGCGGGCCCUUCAGUAUGAGCGAGUCCACGGCGAAGAUGAUGAAGGACAACAUUGAGGUGAAGUUCAAGGAUGUGGCUGGCUGCGAAGAGGCCAAGCUGGAGAUCUUGGAGUUCGUCAACUUCCUGAAGAACCCACAGCAGUACCAGGACCUCGGGGCCAAGAUCCCAAAGGGUGCUGUGCUGUCCGGACCUCCUGGGACAGGGAAGACUCUGCUGGCUAAAGCCACAGCCGGAGAGGCCAACGUCCCCUUCAUCACCGUCAACGGCUCCGAGUUCCUGGAGAUGUUUGUGGGCGUCGGUCCCGCCAGGGUGAGGGACAUGUUCUCCAUGGCGAGGAAGAACGCCCCCUGCAUCCUCUUCAUCGAUGAGAUCGACGCUGUGGGGAGGAAGAGGGGAGGGGGGAACUUUGGUGGUCAGAGUGAACAGGAGAACACGUUGAACCAGCUGCUGGUGGAGAUGGACGGUUUCAACACGGCGACUAACGUGGUGGUCCUGGCUGGAACCAACAGACCCGACAUCCUGGAUCCUGCUCUGAUGAGACCGGGACGCUUCGACAGACAGAUCUACAUAGGUCCUCCCGACAUCAAGGGCAGAGCGUCCAUCUUUAAAGUCCACCUGCGACCAAUCAAACUGGACCCCAACAUGGACAAAGACGUUCUGGCCAGGAAGAUGGCCGCUGCCACGCCAGGAUUCACUGGAGCUGACAUCGCUAAUGUCUGCAACGAGGCGGCACUGAUCGCUGCUCGACAUCUGAACGAGUUCGUCAACGCCAAACACUUUGAACAGGCCAUCGACCGGGUCAUCGGAGGUCUGGAGAAGAAGACUCAGGUCCUGCAGCCCACAGAGAAGAAGACUGUAGCCUAUCACGAAGCGGGUCACGCCAUCGUGGGCUGGUUCCUGCAGCACGCUGACCCGCUGCUGAAGGUGUCGAUCAUCCCGCGGGGGAAGGGUCUGGGUUACGCCCAGUACCUGCCCAGAGAGCAGUACCUGUACAGCAGAGAGCAGCUGUUCGACAGGAUGUGUAUGAUGCUCGGAGGCCGCGUGGCCGAGCAGGUCUUCUUUGGCAAGAUCACCACCGGAGCUCAGGACGACCUGAAGAAGGUCACGCAGUCCGCCUACGCUCAGGUGGUGCAGUUUGGGAUGAGUGAGAAGGUGGGACAGGUGUCGUUCGACCUGCCUCGGCAGGGUGAGAUGGUCAUGGAGAAGCCGUACAGCGAGGCCACGGCAGAGCUCAUCGACGAGGAGGUCAGGGAGCUGGUGGAGCGAGCGUACGAGAGAACGCUGGCGCUCAUCGAGGAAAAGAAGGAGCUGGUGGAGAUGGUGGGGAAGCGUCUCCUGGAUAAGGAGGUCCUGGACAAGGCGGACAUGUUGGAGCUGCUGGGCCCGCGGCCUUUCGAGGAGAAGUCUACGUACGAGGAGUUUGUGGAGGGGACAGGAAGCUUUGAGGAGGACACGAGUCUGCCAGAGGGGCUCAAAGACUGGAACCAGGAGAGAGGAGGGGAGGCGGAGGAGACGAGCCCGACUCAGGACAGACAGCAGGCCGUGUAGAGCCGCGAGACUCAGAUAAGACAAACAAACGCUUCACAUCCCAGCUGCAAAAAAAACCCAACAACCAACUCGACGCUGCCUCAGUUUCACAGACUCUGGGAGGAAAAAUGAUUCCCACAGAUUAGUGAUGCAUGCCGUCAGUUGACUUUAUUUCCCUCAGGUUAAUGAUUAAGACACUUAAAUGACUGAAUCCAUCACGGCAGAUUCAGUUUCAUCCAGUCUGUCGUCUCAACUCUCACCAUAGACUGCACUGAUUUAGAUUUUAAUUUUGCACAGACGUGGAUAUAUUUCAGUUUUGUCUGUUAAAAUUUUCUGGAUCUUUUCUGUUUCUGAACAAAAGGAGGCAAAUACAUUAUUCAAGAGCACAAAGUAUUAUUUCAAGGACACAAACGAAGUCAUUAAAGCGUAUGAAUUACUAAUCUGAGGGAGUGAUGGUCAGAAAUGUUCCUCCCGAGAUCCACCAGGCUCCGCACAACCUACAUGUGGACUGUAGUUUCACUGAGGCUGCCAUCAGUUUGUGUUUUCACCGUUCGGACAGGAAGUUGCUCCAAACUGCCUUAACACUGAUCAAACUGACAGUUUGAAAUAUUCCCCAGCAGAGUGUGAAUGAGGCACAUUUACAGCGUGUGAACACACUGACUUUUCUUUUUAUUUAUUGUAUAAAAAGGGAGUUUCGCUCCCCGACGGCUUGAAGAACUUUUCCUGCAGCUAAAUUUAAAACAUUUUUACUGGUUGAAAUAUUUUUGAGAAUUGAUGUGAAGUUAUUUUUGUUUCCUGCCAUUUUUACAUUUCAAUGAAGUUUUCUUUGAUUAACUGGCAGCACUGACACGUUUCACCCUGUGCAGUAGAGGUGGGGAAUCUCCAGAGGACCCACGAUACGAUAUUAUUGCGACAUGCUGAGUGUUGCGAUACAAUAAAUUCUGAUAUAUUGCAAUUUUUUCCAACUGCAAUUUUUUUUUCUCCCAAAGAAACACUUAACUUUAUUUGAUGAGGUAAAAUUUUUCAGUCUGCUCAUGAACUUUAAUCAUUUUUGUAGCAGCUCAAUGUGACACAGAGCAGACGACCGACCAACACUGUCAUAACACCUGUCAGAAAUACUGCAGUCACCUGACAGACUGAACUGUGGGCAGAUUUAACGCCCUCUGAGAGGCCAGAUUAAGCAGGUAUGUGACAGACCUCACAUGCAGGUGUCCCGCUAACUGAAUGGCAGCAGCCAUGUUAGAAGUGUUGUCUGUUACAUUGUUGUGCAGCAGGUCUGCUGUGUUUGCUCCGCUGCGACUUUAGUGAGUCACGAUUCCUCAGCUCUAUGCGUCACGUCUCUGUAGAGAGACAGAGAGGUACGGCUGUAUUGGUGAAAAACGUGGGGGUGGAGUCACAUACCUGUGUUCACGUGUUUUUAACAUGUAACAAAAGCCUUGGUUCUCAACAUUGCUGUAUGGACACACAUCUUUACACAGGAAGUAGGUGAUGGACGUGUUAUUUUCUUCACUCUCUCACAGUUGAUGGUUGUGUUGAGCUAAGCGUGUCCAGUGUUGGCUGAUUUUUCCGCAGAGCAGGUUUAGCGUUAGCUUGGCCAUAGCGGCGAACGGUAGCUCUGGAUGGUGGCGUGAGGUGAGCCCUCAUCUCAGUAGUAUUUUAUUCUUGCUUGCAAAUGACAUGUGUCACAUCCAAGUCCUCCUUUCCUUCUGCCUUAAAAAAUCCAAAACAAGUCCAGACGUUUGAUUUAAACGCCGGUGAUAAAUUUCUGAUUUCUUUCUCUGGUGAACUUCCUGUCUGAGACCUCUGCUGACCUCACCAGGACAAAAACAUCAGCACCAUCUAGUGGACUGAAAAAGCAACUGAUUUUAUUAUUCUAGUACCAAAAGUUGUAUUAAAAUGUGUUUUGUAAAAAUCAAUAAUAUAUAUUGUGUAUCGAUAAAAUAUUUCCGCACCUCUACUGUUCAGCUUUACUGAGUUUGUUUUAUACAAACAACUCGAUGCUGUAAAAAGAUGAUUGUAUGGAUUUUGUGUGAUAACGACUCGACAGGAAGCUGCUACAUCACCAGCAGCCCCACUGGCUGAUGGGACACAUUAAUAAUAUCAGAUAUUAAUAUUUGAGUAUUUCUGCUGAUUCACCUCCGGUUCAGACACUGAAACAAAAAGUCAUGUCUUCAUGACUUCCGGCUUCAUUUAUCUUUUCCACCUCAACACAGUUUCACAAACUGAGGCCUCAUUUAACCUUUUAGUGUUUUUAAUCAGCAGCUCCCCUGAAGAGAGUAAAACCAAUUAAAUGAAUCUUUAUUAACAUUAGUAAGAGCCAAAAGACGCUAACCAUUCAGACACUACUGUAAACACAUGAGAGACAUUCUGUUGUUUGGUGACAAAUUCCCUUUAUUACAGCUCAGUGUAUCUCCUUGAAUAAAAUAUAAAAUACAUCAACAUGUCCUCACACGUGACACUGAGCUACUGUGUCUUUAGUUGCCGAAACAACUUCAUCAAAAUGUAAAACAACACCUGUGUAACAGAAUGUAAGUUAUUUAAUGUUGAUGUAAAACAGUGAAAAUGAGUAAAACAAAAGGUCUGUGAUUAAAAUGUGGCUAUAACAGCUCAUCUGAUUGAGUAUGACACGCUGCUCCCACAUUAAAUGCAGCUGCACACUAAA